AUGGGUUGCUGUCUCAGUAAGAAAUCUUCUCCUUCUCCUCCUUCGAUUCUUCUCUCCAAUGGUGUUAAAUCCCCAGAUCCCAAAUCACCAAUUAAACCGGUGAUUGAGCUGCCGGAGAAGAAUCCGUCAAGAGAAGAAGCGAAACCCAAAUCUGAGAAUUUACAUCAAGAAGAAGAAAAUGGUACGACGAUGGAAGUAUUGGUGAUUAAACAUCGGAGAAGCCAUGAGAGAACGAAGAAGACAGACUCAGAGGAAGAUGCUCCAGCUUCUACGGCGGCGGAGAAACCAAUGGAUUCGAACUCUAACUCAAACUCCGCCGUCGUGAGGACAUCGAGCUGUACGAAAGAAGAGGUUGAUGCUAUACUGAUACAAUGUGGGAAGCUGAGUCAGAGUAACUCCGCCGCUAAAACCAGGAGAUACUCUGGGUCAAAGAGAAGCUUCGAUUUUGAUCAGAACGAGAGGAUUCGCGGCGGCGGAGAAGUGGAGGAGGAAGAGAUGGUGGAGAAGAAGACACCGAGCCGGAAUCGCCACCGUGGAGUAGAGAGAAUGAAUGGUUCGCCUCGUGAACGGAGAAGACGAACUCCGAGCAGAGAAAGAGAAGAUUCCAAGAGUUACCGAUCAGGAAGCAGAGAAAGAGGAAACGGCGGCGGUGGUGGUGGAAGCAGACGUGUGAGCAGAUCUCCGGGGAAGCGAUCGGAGGUGACCAACCCUAAUUCGUGCGGCGGUAGUGGCAUUUCGGUAAUUUCGAGCAACAUUAGACCGGGAAAGUUUGUUAAAGUUCCGGCGACGGAUAAGAGCAACAACAACAACGGAGAGCCGUCGAUAAAGCGAAUUACUGUUAAGAGAAACAUCGGAGAAGCUUGUAGAAUCGCUGCGUCUCCGGCAAGAACAGCGGCGAGUAAUGUUCAACCUCCUCCUCCUCCGCCGCAGCCGUCGUUAAGCCAGAGCUCUUCACGGAAGGCGGAGCAAUCGCCGUACAGGAGAAAUCCACUUGGAGAAAUCGAUCAAAACUCGACGAAAGGGGAUAAUUGCAACAAGAAGAUGAUAAAGAGAGAGAACGAAUCCGCGAAUCAGAAAAACGCGAAACCUCAAGUGAUAAGCAGAAGCAGAUCACUAAGGAAAUCUCGAGAUUUCGAUUUCAGUCAAGAAUCACUGUUGCAGCCAAACGAAGAAGAGAAGAACACGACGAGCAAUUACACGGCGUUGUUGUUGAAAGACAUUAAGAAUUUCCAUGGGAAGAGUAAUAAUGCAGAUGAUGAUGAUGUUGAUCCUUCGGUUUCCUUUAAUCUUCUUCCAUCCUGUGUUACAAAGGCUUGCUCCAUUGUUGAAGCAGUGGCGGAUCUUAACUCUACGACGGCCAUUAAUGCUUCUUUGAGCUCUGAUUCGAGACAGUUUAGAUUCACAUCUACGGCGAAGAAAGCGGAUUUGAUGGAACCAAGCUUUGAAAAGUAUGUGACUGUGAAGAGAGGUGGUUCGUUGGAAGAGCAAGAAUCUUGCGGUAGCAACAAUCUUACGUGA